AUGGCUACACUCUUUAGCCAAUAUUUUCACUUAGGUGCUACUACUUGGAAAAGUUGUUUUAUCAAAAUGGCGACGAUGAUGUAUCCAAGUUUAACAAAAUCUCAGAGUAUGAGAACCAAACGAAAGUCUGCUGUAGAGCUUUUAGCGGAGAGUAAGCCAUUUUAUGUCAAAUCUGAAGUUGUAAGAGAUACCACACAGGUUCUUCCUUUAAGGCCUAAUUCUAAUACAAGUACUUACGGUACAUAUACCCGCAGUAAAUCUGUUAAUGUGGCUGGCCACGGCUCAAACUAUCGACCUACAACUCUUCCGCCCUAUAUGGCCGUAUCUCCAUCAAGAUCUCUUCCUCCAUUAACACAUCGCCGUUCUUUACAUUCAACAGCGAAUACCGAUUUAUUACAAAAUCGGUUACGUCAAUUACUUGUGUGUGACAGUGCUGAAGAAUUGCGAGUUGACCAGAUGGCGCCUCUUAGUCCACCGGCAGAAUACGCACAGCGAUGUCACAAAAGCCUUCCCGAUUUGCACUGCCGUGAACCCAGCUCGAAUAAAAGUAGCAACAAAAGUCUAUCGAAUAGGGAUAGCGGAGGAUCCAGUGGACAUUAUACUCAGAGAAGUGAACCGCCACCGCCACCUCGACAGGAAGUUCGACGUGAUUCCGGUUCAAGUACGCAGCACAGCGGCGGUAGCUCGUACUAUUGUUGCCAAGAAGCAGAAUGUAGAGCGGCACGACAUGCAUAUCCUCCCCAAUUGUCCCCUGGAUUACCCCAACCACCAGCUACCUUCAAACGUCAAAAAUGUUUGCGCUACAAACGAGAUCGGCCUAUUUUAAGGUCGAAAUCAGAUAUCAGCGAUCGCUACCGAAGAUCUUCCGAACCCCCACAACUUCAGCACUUUUUCGAACAUCUGGGGCUUUCUGGAGAUACCUACGAAGAAAUGUUGACUCGCAGUGAUUCUACCGAUAGUCCAGUUUUCUUCUCCGACGUAUCGACAGUUGACUCAAGCAGACCCAUCGACAACGUAGAAUAUUGCCCUUCUGCGUAUAGAUCCGGAGAUCCCCCAUCGAUCGUAGAAAGGAACGCACGAAUCAUCAAAUGGCUGUGUAAUUGUAGAAAGGUGCAAUUGUCUUGA